CUGUAAAGGUGAUAGAUUUAUUUAUUCUCUUACGAAUAGUCUUGUUGACAGUGUGAUCAGAUCAUGCCGUGCUUAAACAUGUUACAUAGAUUGUGAUUGUUCAACAAAGGCAGGCGUGCUGAAUUAAUCCUAGGACAAUGUGAUGCCUGCAUGCAUGGCAGUAAAUAACUCAAUCAAUUAUAUAGGUGCGUACUGUAAGUCAUUGUGAAGGGCCCAGGCCAGCUCGAUCGUGGGUAUAGAUAAACUUGUGAAGUUAAGUCGAUCGUGAUCAUCUCGAAGAUAUCUUCUCCGUUGCGAAGUCGUCCUCCAAAUAUUUUUGCAUCUACUUCCACCAAACUUCGCUUUGUGCAACGCUUCACGCUCGGUGCGCCCCUCUGAUCUUCUUAUGGUUGUAAUGGACAUGCAAAACCUCCUCUCAUGUUCUGUUCUCUGCUGCUUCCUCUUGUUUAUUCUCUCAGGGCGGCAACAAACGGUGCAAGGACAUCGUCAUUUACCCUCUAAUAUUCGUCCGCUAAAGCUCUUCGUCUUUGGAGAUUCUUAUGCUGACACAGGCAACACCAAUAAAUCUCUAGUCCCUUGGAAACAUCCCUACGGCAUCAGCUUUCCGGGAAAUCCAACUGGUCGUUUCUCCGAUGGCCUUGUCCUUACCGAUUACGUUGCUAAGUUCUUAGGACUUAAUUCUCCGAUUCCAUAUGAAGGGUGGAAAUCAUCAUCACGUGGGAUUCCAUUGUUGCAAUACGGACUGAAUUUUGCUUAUGGAGGCACGGGUGUAUUUGAUACCGUUGUCUCCGGCCCAAACAUGACAGUCCAGAUCGAUUUUCUCGAACAUCUCCUCAGAGACAACGUGCUUACCACUAAAGACCUAGAGAGCUCCGUGUCCUUUGUCAGUCUCGCUGGCAAUGACCACUUUACUUACCUUCGCACGAACGGAUCUGCGCAGGGAUUGAAACCUUUCAUUACGACAGUGAUCAAUCAACUUGCUAUCAACUUGAAACGAAUUCAUGGCUUGGGAGUGAAAAAAAUAGCCGUGACAGGUUUAGAGCCUUGGGGAUCAUGUCUGAUCCCUUAUGUCACAAACACAUCCUUAUUCCAACAAUGCAAUGAUACUUAUAACUCGAUGGUCAGUUUCCACAAUCCUCUAUUGAAGCAAGCCGUGGAAAAGCUGAACAGCGAAACAAAGGAUUCUCCUUUUUUCAUUAUUGAUCUUUAUGCUUCGUUCACGUCUGCCCUCAAGAACGAAGGAAGUAUAAAGUUUGAGAACCCGCCAUUGAAGCCAUGCUGUUUGGGUGUCAGCAGCAAAUAUUUCUGCGGGAAUGUCGAUGAAAAUGGAGCCAAGAAAUAUACAAUUUGCGAGAAUCCCAAAUCAGCAUUCUUUUGGGACGUCGCACAUCCCUCGCAGGAGGGAUGGCGUGCCGUGUAUUCAGCUUUGCAACCCACUCUUGAACAAUAUUUUCACUACUAGUAGAGUCCGCCAAAAACAAAAUGCUAUUUGUAUAUAAUUAUGAUUGUUUUUCUAAUUUCUCAAUAUAAUUUUUCUGUUUGUAUUAAGCAAUAUUGCAGGCUUUGUAUAAUCUCCUCUACUUGUCCUCUAUCUUAAAAUAUUUUCCAAAUAAAGCAUAUAUAAUA